CAGCACCGGGUCCAGAGGAGCGCACCAGCCCAGCCCUCGCCGCGGAGUCCCCCGCCGGGUAGCUUUGGGAACCACCAGAAGGAAGCAGAUCAUCCUACAACCUACUGACAUGAUGCUGGCUGCCCGUGUCUCCAGACCCCUGUCACAGCUCCCGGGAAAAACUCUAAGUGUCUGUAAUAGAGAGAAUGGGACAAGACACACACUGUUGUUUUACCCAGCAUCCUUCACUGCAUCCAUCCGUCGGACUUAUACCAGUGAGGCAAAUGCGGAUAGUGGCAAAGCUGUCCUGGUCACAGGCUGUGACUCCGGAUUUGGGUUCUCUUUGGCCAAACAUCUACACUCAAAAGGUUUCCUUGUAUUUGCUGGAUGCUUAAUGAAGGACAAAGGUGAUGCUGGGGUUAAUGAGCUGGACAGCUUAAACAGUGACCGACUAAGAACCAUCCAGCUCAAUGUCUGCAAUGGUGAAGAGAUCGAGAAAGCAGUAGAGACCGUCCACUCCAGCCUGAAGGACCCUGAAGAGGGAUUGUGGGGCCUGGUUAACAAUGCAGGCAUUUCAACAUUCGGGGAGGUGGAGUUCACCAGCAUGGAGACAUACAAAGAAGUGGCAGAAGUGAACCUCUGGGGUACAGUGCGCACAACGAAAUCCUUCCUCCCCCUUCUCCGGAGAGCCAAAGGCCGUGUUGUUAACAUCAGCAGUAUGCUGGGCCGAAUGGCCAACCCAGCCCGCUCACCUUACUGCAUCACCAAGUUUGGGGUAGAGGCUUUCUCCGACUGCCUCCGCUAUGAGAUGCACCCUCUGGGUGUGAAGGUCAGUGUGGUGGAGCCCGGCAAUUUCAUUGCUGCUACCAGUCUCUAUAGCCCAGAGCGUAUCCAGGCCAUUGCCAAGAAGAUGUGGGAUGAUCUUCCUGAGGUCGUCCGCAAAGACUAUGGCAAGAAGUAUUUCGAUGAGAAGAUCGCCAAGAUGGAGACCUACUGCAACAGCGGCUCCACAGACACGUCCUCUGUCAUCAAUGCUGUCACACAUGCCCUGACAGCCGCCUCCCCCUAUACCCGCUACCAUCCCAUGGACUACUACUGGUGGCUGCGAAUGCAGAUCAUGACCCACUUUCCAGGGGCCAUCUCUGACAUGAUCUACAUACACUGAAGAGCUACAGAGGCCUCUGUGACCAGGGGAUCUGAUGGGAGGGAGAAGGAUGAGGGGAGGGAGUUCGGACAGUUACCUUCUGAUUACACUUGUGGAUUACCCACUGUCUUAGGAAGACCUAUUUUAGCAUUAACCUUACUUGUGCACGUGGUGAAUGGGUCUGGACCUUCACAGAUGUGAGGGCACAGGUGUGGCCCUAAGCCUCAGGGCCAACAUGGUGCUUCUAUCUAUCUCAAGCUGAUUUUAUACAAAGAUUUGUGGGAAAUAUCUUUAUAUUAAAAAUAGAUUGUUAUAAUAGAAUCCAAAAUCAUUUUAAAGCCAAAACAUCCAUUCAAAAUAUUUAUCCUUAA